AUGAAGGGGUUUUUUCUUUGUAUAUGGUCAUGGGGUACUGGAAAAACAUUUCUCUGGAACCUUAUGUCUGCUGAGAUUCGCUCAAGGGGUGAUAUUGUGUUAAACGUUACUUCAAGUGGUAUUGCAUCUUUACUUCUUCCCAAUGGAAGAACAGGACACUCAAGAUUCAAAAUACCGCUGAAUAUAACUGAGAAUUCUGUAUGUAACAUCAAACCUAGUUCCUCUCAAGCAAUGCUGUUGUUGAAAGCCAAACUUAUAAUUUGGGAUGAGGCUCCAAUGGUUAAUAGGUACUGCUAUAAAGUGCUUGAUAAAUGCUUGGGUGAUAUCAUGAGGUUUUCUCUAACAUAUAAUAAAGAUUUGCCUUUUGGAGAAAAAGUAGGUGGAGACUUUAGACAAAUUCUUCCUGUCAUUUCACAAGGAUCAAGACAAGAUAUCGUUCAUUCAACCGUGAAUUCGUCUUAUCUUUGGAAAUUUUGUCAGAUGCUCAAACUAACAAAAAAUAUGAGACUCUCUGUAGGGACGACUGCUUCAGAUCAAGAUGAGACAGAACAAUUUGGUGAGUAG